AGUUUAUCACUUCAAGACCUCAAUCUGAGAGCUAGAGUCUAGAGAGAGAGAGAUGACCAUUCCGACUUGUGUAUUUCGAGUAAAUUGCUCUGUUUCUUGCCUUCAAUCUCACGCAGAGUUGAUUACUUCAAGUCCUCUCUCUCCUCUGCUUUCAAGCUCUUGUCUGGACUCUGAAGUCUGAACUAAACACACACACAGUCUCUUAUAAGUUGUUGUUUUUAUCUGGAGGAGAAGAAGCUUUGGGGUUGAUAAGAUUAAGGCCAUGGCAGCUCGAAGAAUCUCCUCGUUCCUCUCUCGUUCUCACCCUCUCCUUCCUGCAGUUUCUGCCUCUUUUUCUCUUUCUCUAGGUAGAAAUUCUGGCUUGGGAAGGGCCACCCACAGUUUUAGCACAGCUGCAGUGGCAGAGGAACCAAUUACUCCACCUGUUCAAAUCAAUUACACCCAGCUUCUAAUCAAUGGCCAAUUUGUGGAUUCAGCAUCUGGAAAAACAUUUCCAACGUUGGACCCUCGGACUGGAGAAGUGAUUGCUCAUGUUGCUGAAGGUGAUGCAGAAGAUAUAAACCGUGCCGUGGCUUCUGCUCGCAAGGCAUUUGAUGAGGGACCAUGGCCUAGAAUGACCCCUUAUGAGAGGUCACGAAUAAUGCUGCGCUUUGCUGAUCUGCUUGAGAAGCACAAUGAUGAGCUUGCAGCUCUUGAGACAUGGAAUAAUGGGAAGCUUUAUGAACAGGCUGCAAAAUCUGAAAUUCCGUUGGUUGUGCGUCUUUUUCAUUAUUAUGCUGGAUGGGCGGACAAAAUCCAUGGUCUAACAGUUCAGGCUGAUGGACCGCAUCAUGUGCAGACAUUGCAUGAACCAAUUGGAGUCGCGGGACAGAUUAUCCCAUGGAACUUCCCUCUUGUCAUGUUUGCUUGGAAAGUUGGGCCUGCGCUUGCAUGUGGAAAUACCAUUGUCCUCAAGACUGCAGAACAAACGCCAUUGACUGCUUUAUAUGUAGCAAAGCUAUUCCAUGAGGCUGGUCUUCCUCCUGGUGUUCUAAAUAUAGUCUCUGGCUAUGGUCCAACUGCAGGUGCUGCUCUUGCUAGUCAUAUGGACGUGGACAAGAUUGCUUUCACAGGAUCAACUGAUACUGGUAUGAUUGUACAAGAAUUAGCUGCAAGAAGCAAUCUUAAGCCGGUAACAUUAGAGCUGGGUGGGAAAUCUCCAUUCAUUGUUUGUGAGGAUGCUGACAUUGAUAAGGCCGUGGAGCUUGCACACUUUGCUCUGUUCUUUAAUCAGGGACAAUGUUGUUGUGCUGGUUCUCGUACAUUUGUGCAUGAAAGUGUGUACGAUGAAUUUCUGGAGAAAGCAAAGGCACGUGCAAUUAGACGUGUAGUUGGUGAUCCCUUCAAAAAGGGUGUUGAACAAGGUCCUCAGAUCGAUCCAGAGCAAUUCGAGAAGGUUCUCAGGUACAUAAAAUCUGGCAUUGAAAGCGAUGCUAUCCUUGAAUGUGGGGGUGACAGACUUGGCUCCAAAGGCUUCUAUAUCCAGCCCACUGUUUUCUCAAAUGUUCAGGAUGAUAUGUUAAUAGCGAAGGAUGAAAUCUUUGGCCCUGUUCAAUCCAUCUUGAAGUUCAAGGACCUUGGUGAAGUGAUCAAAAGGGCAAACUCGACUCGCUAUGGCCUAGCAGCUGGAGUUUUCACUAAAAAUUUGAAUACUGCCAACACCUUGACUAGGGCACUGAGGGCUGGGACUGUAUGGGUUAAUUGCUUUGAUGUCUUUGACGCUGCAAUUCCUUUCGGUGGAUAUAAGAUGAGUGGUGUUGGAAGGGAAAAGGGGAUCUACAGCCUUCAUAACUAUUUGCAGGUGAAGGCAGUUGUUACUCCUUUGGAGAAUCCAGCAUGGUUGUAAUCUCCUAGUACCUCCAUAUUGUGGUCUCACCAUUACCUGAUCUGAGUAAAGAGAGCAGAGUUUGCAUUUAAAAAAUAAAGUAUAUCAAAACAUAAUGACAUUUUAUAUGCAUUGUCGUCUUGUUAUAUGAUAGAAUUUUGGAGGAUGGAGUGAUUAGUGUAAUAUGCACUGCUAUCAAACUCUGGUGACGUACUCUGUACAAAAAUGAUAGAAUUUUGGAGGAUGGAUUGAACUUGUCACUUUAAAUU